AUUUUUUGGUCUGGUGAGAGAGAAGGGUAUAUUCUGGGUUUCGAUACUCUUUUGGUAACGAAAAAUCGUCACCAUUUAUAACUCUUUUCUGCUUAACUAUUGUGGCGUACUUUCUCUUCUUAUAUAUUCUUUGCUCAGUUUUGGGUUCGUUUCUCACCACGUCAUCGGGUAAGAUUUCUCUGUAGCCCGUGAACCAUACUGGGAUUUACCAAUGGUUGCUGCCAGUUGACAAUAUGGUAAAGAUGGUGGCUGCAAUGAUGUUGAUGUUGGUGGUAGAUUAGCAAAGGGACAAUUCCUUGUAUAAGUGGAUAUCUCUAGUUGAUGUUUUCAUUACUAUUUUACAUUACCAUGGAUCAGUGAGAAUCAACUGAUGGACUAAAGGUUCAGGGAUAUUUUUGUUAGAUGUUCCAGUGUAGUCUGGAGAUGAAAUAGUUUUUGAGAAUCCAGGUCUUGAUGUUAUCCGGUGGUGGAUUAAUGUAAUAUAACUGCUGAGCCAUUGGAGUCAUAUUUCUGAUCUAUGAUAUCAUAAUCAUAAUCAUAAUAAUAAUAUUGUUAAAGAUAGCUAAAGAUACUUGGAGUUCACAUUUCGUAAUAAUGGAAGUAGCUCUUUCCCCUCAAGUACAAAAGCCGAAUUUGCAGACAACAGGUCGCAAGAUUUCAUGUACUGGAUCUCAGAAGGAUCUGUGGCAUGUUGUUAGAGAAGGAUCUCUAAGCGAUGUAGAGCUGGCCUUGGCAUCAUUGAAGAAGAGUGGGGGCAAUAUCAAUUUGAGAAACACUUUUGGGCUGACUCCCCUUCAUAUUGCAACUUGGAGAAACCACAUUCCCAUUGUAGGGAGGCUUCUUGCUGCUGGUGCAGAUCCUGAUGCCCGAGAUGGAGAGUCAGGAUGGAGUAGCCUUCACAGGGCUCUGCAUUUUGGUUAUCUUGCCGCGGCAAGCAUUCUUCUUCAGCAUGGUGCCUCUAUUACACUGGAGGACUCUAAAUCUCGAAUACCUGUAGAUCUCUUAUCUGGCUCUGUAUUUCAGGUUCUUGGAGAUGAACACAGUUCAGUGGCUACUGAGGUUUUUAGUUGGGGCAGUGGUGCAAAUUAUCAGCUUGGAACUGGAAAUGCGCAUAUUCAGAAGUUACCAUGCAAAGUUGAUUCACUUGGUGGUUCAUUCAUAAAACUAAUUUCUGCUGGGAAAUUCCAUAGUGUGGCACUCACUGCUCGUGGAGAAGUGUAUACUUGGGGAUUUGGGAGGGGUGGCCGUCUAGGGCAUCCUGAUUUUGAUAUACACAGUGGCCAAGCUGCUGUCAUCACUCCCCGCCAGGUGACUUCUGGUCUGGGUUCCCGCAGAGUGAUGGCAAUUGCUGCAGCUAAGCAUCAUACGGUUAUUUCUACCCAGGGUGGGGAAGUGUUCACCUGGGGAUCCAAUAGAGAGGGACAGCUUGGAUACCCUUCCGUUGAUACACAACCCACACCUCGUAGAGUAUCUUCUUUGAGGUCAAGAAUUGUUGCUGUUGCUGCCGCAAACAAACACACUGCUGUAGUUUCUGAUUUGGGCGAAGUUUUUACUUGGGGUUGCAACAGGGAGGGUCAGCUUGGUUAUGGCACCUCAAACUCAGCAUCUAAUUACACCCCACAUGUGGUUGAAUCCUUGAAGGGGAAGACUUUGACCAGAGUUUCUGCUGCAAAAUAUCACACAAUUGUAUUAGGAUCUGACGGAGAGGUAUUUACCUGGGGUCAUCGACUUGUUACUCCAAAACGUGUAGUAGUUAGUAGAAACUUAAAGAAAAGUGGAAGCACUCCUUUAAAAUUUCACCGCAAGGAACGACUUAAUGUGGUUUCUAUAGCUGCUGGAAUGGUACACAGCAUGGCUCUUACAGAUGAUGGUGCAUUAUUUUAUUGGGUCUCUUCUGAUCCUGAUCUUAGAUGCCAACAGUUGUAUGCUAUGUGUGGAAGGAAUAUGGUGAGCAUAUCAGCUGGAAAGUACUGGACUGCAGCAGUUACAGCUACAGGUGAUGUUUACAUGUGGGAUGGGAAGAAAGGUAAGGAUAAGCCCCUUGUUGCAACUCGGUUGCAUGGUGUAAAGAAGGCUACAUCAGUUUCAGUUGGUGAAACACAUUUACUUAUUGUGGCUUCACUGUAUCAUCCUGUCUACCCUCCCAACAUGAUUGAGAAUUCUCAGAAAUCCAAGCUGAAUAACAAGGAUGAUGUGGAAGAGUUAAAUGAAGACAUUUUAUUUGAAGAUAUCGAUUCCAGUAACAUAAUAUCUAAUGUGCAAAAUGAUACUUUAAGCCAGAGAUCUAUACCCAGCUUAAAAAGCCUUUGUGAAAAAGUAGCUGCCGAGUGUCUAGUAGAGCCACGAAAUGCUGUACAACUGCUUGAGAUUGCUGAUUCUCUUGGAGCUGAUGAUUUGAAGAAAUAUUGUGAGGAGAUUGUCAUGCGCAACCUUGAUUUUAUAUUUGCAGUAUCAUCACAUACUGUAGCAAGUGCCUCACUAGAUAUUCUGGCUAACCUCGAGAGGUUGUUCGACCAGAGAUCAUCUGAGCCAUGGAGUCACCGUCGGCUCCCUACUCCAACUGCUACUUUCCCUGCCAUCAUCAACAGUGAAGAGGAUGAUAGUGAGAUAGAGUUUCAGAGGACUCGUGACAAACCCAUGAAAUUGGAGAAAGUCCUCAGGCUAGAUUCUUUUCUACAGCCAAAGGAUGAUCCUAAUAAAGAAAUCUCCAAAGUAGUCCGAGCUAUAAGGAAGAAGUUGCAGCAGAUUGAGAUGCUUGAAGAUAAGCAGUCUAAUGGGCAUCUUCUUGAUGACCAGCAGAUUGCAAAGCUUCAAUCUAAGUCAGCACUUGAGAGCUCACUUGCAGAGCUAGGUGUUCCUGUUGAGACAUCACGGUAUAAAGAAUCAUCUUCUAUGUUACCAGAAGGGAAAGGUAGUAAGAAGGGUAAACUAUCGAAAAAACAAAGGAGAAAGAGUGGCAAUUCAAACAUAGAGCAGACAGAAAUAGAAUCUGUUUACUCUAAAAGUGAAGCCAUUCCCAAAUCUGAGGACCUGUUGGACAUUGACAUCAUGGGGAUUCCUGAUUCAAAGGUGGAAGAGGAUGCCGUGUGUGAACAGAUCAGCGCAGAUGAGGGUGGAAAAGAUUUAGCUUUUGUUGUGCAGAAGAAAGAUGCUUUAGAGUUGUUGAAAGCCAAGGGUCCAUCACCAAAGGCUUCAAAGAAGAAGAGGAGCAAGAAGGGUGGGCUUUCUAUGUUUCUGAGCGGCGCUCUUGAUGAAGCCCCGAAGGAGGUGGCUCCCCCUCCACCAACACCAACACCAAAACACGAGGGUCCUGCAUGGGGUGGGGCGAAGUUCACGAAGGGUUCUGCUUCUCUUCGUGAAAUCCAGGAUGAACAAAGCAAAAUAAAGGUAAACAAACCGGCUGGGAGCAAAGAUAAGGUUGAAGAUCUUUCUGAUUUUGGCAGUGGGGGCAAAAUAAAGUUGAGUUCAUUUCUUCCUUCCAGCCCAAUACCUGUUACCUCGUCUCGAAGUUCCCAGGUAUCUGAUGGAGAAAUAAGCACCCCUCCUUGGGCUGCUUCCGGAACUCCUCCCCAACCUUCUCGGCCAUCGUUAAGGCACAUCCAAAUGCAACAGGGAAAGAAACAACAAAGCCUUUCGCACAGUCCAAAGACUACAACAGCUGGAUUUUCCAUCCCUACCUGUCAAGGCUCGCCGUCCGAAACAACCGGUGUGAGUCGCUGGUUCAAGCCUGAGGUGGAAACACCGUCCUCAAUUCGUUCUAUUCAAAUUGAGGAAAAGGCUAUGAAAGAUCUCAAGCGCUUCUAUAGCAGUGUCAAGAUUGUCAGAAAGCAAUCUUGAUGCCAUCUAAUAAUUUAUCUAAUAAAGUAGCAAGAGGGGCUCUUUCCUGUUCUCCUCUACCUUGAGCAUUACCAUUUUUUCUCAUCCUUUUUUCACUUUCCUUAUUAGUACAAUGACUGAAUUAAUCUGUACAGAUAGUUGCAGUGUACAUCCUUUCUUUCCAUAUCAAAAUUGUAGUUUUAGUUUCUUAGUAUCUGGGUCUUUUUCCAUUUUCUGUGUUUCCAAACUAUCACUGUACAUGACCCAAGAUUUAUUUUAUGUACUCAUUUUUAACCGUCUCAAGUUAGAGACUGGUCAAUAAUGAUCCUGAACCUGAUGUCUAGGACAGCCACGGUUACAGAUUUCCCUGACUCAAGUUGCUUCAAGGCUCAAGAAUGUCAGAAUAAGAGGGAACUUCUUUCCAAAUAAGGCCUUUGUAUGGUCCCAUACUUAGGGGUAUUGCAUCAAUCUUAGUAGACUCUAUCAACCUUUUAGCUUUGCAAGUCAAGUUCAUUUAUUUAUUUUAAACAAAGGUUUAUGCUCUUUUCCCUUGGUUUGGUUUAGCAGCAGACUUUAGGCCGCAGGAAAAGAUAGUGGGAUGAAGGGUUGUUGAAAAGGAAAAGAUUACCCAUAUUUUGUAUUAUUAUUGAAAGUUUGAAAUCAGGGUGA